AUGUAUUGGGCCGCCCCUGCUCUCUACUCCUCUCUUCUGGAAUCCUCCAUUAAAAACCUCCGCUUCGCAUCGCCUUCGAGCUCAAAGCCACGCUUCAUCGUCGUUCCCACGAAUGAAUCCCACAUCCAGGCAUCAGUCAUCUGCUGCAGGAGCCACCGCCUAUCGAUCAGAACCCAGAGCGGGGGGCACGACUACGAAGGUCUAUCCUUUCGGUCCGAAGACGACGAGGAGCCUUUCGUUCUGGUCGACCUCGCAAACCUCCGAUCGGUGAGCGUCGACGUGCAAGACAAUGUGGCUUGGGUCCAGGCUGGUGCCACUCUCGGCGAGCUCUACUACUGGAUUGCCAAGAAGAGCAGCACCCAUGCGUUCCCUGCUGGCCUCUGCCCCUCGGUCGGCGUUGGUGGACACUUCAGUGGAGGUGGCUUCGGCACCCUUCUGAGGAAAUAUGGGCUCUCUGCUGAUAAUAUCCUUGAUGCCAAGCUAGUCGAUGCAGAUGGAAGACUAUUAGACCGGGAGUCCAUGGGUGAGGAUCUCUUUUGGGCCAUAAGAGGAGGUGGAGGAGCAAGCUUUGGGGUGAUCGUUUCAUGGAAGAUCAGGUUGGUCCCAGUUCCACAGAGAGUCACAGUAUUCACCAUCUGCAAGAACUUGGAGCAGGGUGCUGCAGUAGAGCUUAUUAACAAAUGGCAGUACAUUGCGCACAAGCUCCCCGAGGACUUAUACCUCAAAAUUGACAUAAGGCCAUUGGAUUGGGUAGGGAAAGAGAAGGCAGCUGUGUUCUUAUCCUUGUUCCUUGGGAAGUGCGGUGAGCUACUCCAAUACAUGGGAGAUAGUUUUCCGGAGCUGGGACUGAAGAGAGAGGACUGCAGAGAGAUGAGCUGGAUUGAGUCCGUCAUAUACUUCGCCAGCUUCUACCUCAGUGGAGAUACCAUGGAGGCUUUGUUGCACAGUAGAUCACAACCAAAGGAAUUCUAUAAGGGCAAGUCCGACUAUGUGAAGGAACCCAUCCCACUGAGCGGUUGGGAAGGGAUUUGCCAAAGGCUUUUGGAGAGGGAGAAUAGUACCAUGGUCCUCACUCCCCAUGGUGGGAGGAUGGGUGAGAUAUCAGAGAGAGAGAUCCCUUACCCUCAUAGGGAGGGCACACUGUACAAUAUCCAUUAUGCUGUGUGGUGGGAUGAUGGUGGGGCCUCCGAGAACAACUUGGGUUGGAUUCGUAGGUUGCACCGGCAUAUGACUCCAUAUGUUUCCAAGCAUCCCAGGGCUGCCUAUUUGAACUACAGGGAUUUGGACUUGGGCAGGAAUGAGAAAGGUAACACAAGCUACGCAACGGCUGAAGUCUGGGGUAGGAAAUACUUCAAGGAUAAUUUCAAGAGAUUGGCUAUUGUGAAGGCCAAAGUUGACCCUGAGAACUUCUUCAGAAACGAGCAGAGCAUCCCACCUUUUCAUGCAAAAAAAGGGGAUGAGGGUUGGUUCCAAGGAGUCCGUUUCAGACCCCAAACCAUUAAUAAACCGCAUGCUUUGAUUAACAAUAAACUGACAUGA